AUGACUAGCCGCGGUGCGACUAUGACGUGGAGGCUGCAUGAGUCGCGGGUUUGUGGUACAGCGACGCUCGCCUUCCAUCUUCCUGCUUCUCGCUCAUCCACAAUCCGCAAAUCGACUCACCUAGGAGUUCGAACAAUGCCUUCAGCAGCAGCAAGACAGCGCAACAAGAGGGCUCUGGAAACCACAGGAGGCGUUUCUCGACCUCCACCGAGCAGAGGUAAAGGCAAAGCGCGCGGACUCGGCGGCGGAGCAGACUCGUCGAAGCUUCAAUCGCUCCUGUUCAUUCUGCUGGCAACGACGGUUCUGCUGGUCGGCUACCAAGCAGCACGAUUCUACUUCCGAGGACAUGCAGCACUCUCACCGCUCUCGGCAUGGACCAAGACGAAGUAUGGCGCUAACGACCGAUCCAACAAGGCGGUAGGAGGAGCAGUCGGAAGCGAUGCAAGGACAAAGUUCAACAAGCUAGCUCCGGAAGGAGGUGUACUAGGCGCCCCGGCUCUCGUUCCUGGACAAGAAGCGACCGACUCGCUAGACGAAUUGCGCAAGAAGCUUGGGACCGAGGGCGAGCUGGACGCUCAGUUUGAUGACGAUGGCAACCUCGACCUCGCUACGAUUCAGAGGAUGCUCGAUAUCCUGUACAAGCCAGCAAGAGAUGGCGCAAAGGGAGCAGCACACGCUGCGGGACGUGUGCUUGAAGCUGUGACUGAAGACGAGGUCGAUGUAGACGCGGCUGACGCGGCUGAGGUUGCCGACGAAGCCACGCCUUAG